UGGGCGGGGCGCCGCUGAUGUCAUCUUGGGUACAAAAGGGCUCGAGUGGCCGGCUCCUGGGCAGAGCUUACGACCUGACGGCGUUGAGAGAAUUGGCGCGUCUUCCGCAGAGCACCAACCGCUAUCUGUUCCGCGCUGCUCAGAGUCCCUGUAUCCCUUACCGUCGAGUUGCCAUGGAGGUGCAGAAGGAGGCACAGCGCAUCAUGACACUAUCGGUGUGGAAAAUGUAUCACUCGCGUAUGCAGCGCGGAGGCCUGCGCCUGCACCGAAGUCUGCAGCUGUCGCUGAUCAUGCGCAGCGCCCGGGAGCUCUACCUCUCGGCCAAAGUGGAGGCCCUCGAUCUCGAGGCGCCCUCGCCGCCCGCCCGCUGCCCGGACCCGCGCCUGCACCCGCCGCGGGAAGUGGAAGUGCCCGCCGCGUGUGUGCCCCCCGACGGGGAGCAGCCGUUGCCGGAGCCUAUGGACACGCAGGAAGAGGAGGAGGCGCCCCCCAGAGCCGCGGAGACGGAGACUCUGGUCCGUUGCUCCCCGCGCCCCGCCAGGGUCUGCCGCAAGCGACGCAGUAGCAGCCUUAGCGACGGCGUGGACGCCGGCCUGGUCCCCAGCAAGAAGGCCCGCUUGGAGGAGCAGGAGGAGGCAAAGGACUCGUCCUCUGAGGUUCCCGAUUGCCUGCCGCCCCCACCCGCUCAGGCGGAAGGCGCCUUCCCCAACCUGGCGCGCGUCCUGCAGCGAAGCUUCUCCGGGCUCCUGAGCCGCGGCCCUGCCGCUUCCCCGACGGCGCCCCCCGCGCGUGACGCCAAGCCGGCCUGUCGCCCGGCGGACCCGAUGCUGAGCGUGCUUGUGCGCGCCGUGGUGGCCUUCUGAGGACCGAGCCCGCUGCCGGAGCCAGAGAGCGCGCCGAGCCGUCGACCCGAGUGCGCAACACAAGGCGUUACGCCCUCCCCGAGGCAUGUGAGCCAGCGGGAGCGGAGGAGGAGCGAGGCGGCCGCCCGGGCUGAGGGAGCCGCAGAGGGACAGUGCCCGGGGAUCGUCGCCGUCCACGCUGCGGCGGCCCAGGAGCCGGGGGGCGCGGGCGCCUUCCGCGAGCCCCGCGGCGCCCAGAGGUGCUGAUUUACGGACUGGGACCUGGGCCUUGACCUCUCCCACGCUGGGAGAGAGGUUCGGUCUAUCAAUCUCAGGGUCGGACUUCAUUUUUUUUUUUUUUUUUUUUUUAAAUCAAGCGCUGGGCCACGUUUUCCAAGACUUGCCAGUGUGUGCCCUUCCAGCUUCAGAAUUCCAGGCGCUCCCCUGCUCCUCUGGUGACACACUUGUGCAAGCGGUCACCGUUGCGUCAUGGGGCAGGGGUGGGGAGCUUCCUGUCGCCUAGCGUGGGUGUGGGGCCCGGGAGGCGGCUCCGGGGCGUAGACCGCCCUGGGGAGUGGGAGGAGUGCGGCCUGAGUCACUGCGCCCCGCCUCACCACCGCCGCGAGAGCCCUGCGAGUUUCUGAUUCAUUGUUUUUUUGUUUUUUAAUUUCCUCAUUUGUUUGUGCUAAGAGGUGGCGCGAUGUUCCCAGCCCGGAGCGUGACCUCCCUUGGACACACGGACACGCAACCCAGAUGGACCUUGGAGGGGUGGGAAGGGGGGGCGCCCUUGGCGCCCGGACUGAGCUGAGACGGAAGGAUGCCCGCCUGGGCGGUGGAGCCCUGUUUACCUUUCCCGCAGUGGGUGCCGUCUACCUGGCGUCUCUUUGGAAAUGUCAGCCAGGACAAUAAAGACCAUUGCAGUGGAAA